AAAGCUUGACACAUGAACGUCAAAAAUUAAACAAUAAAUAGAAGACUACAUCGACCAAAAUAGUAACAAAAAUCACAAAGAAGGACCAGGAAUUCUAUUUAAAGUACACUCAAUUACAUUUACAAGUAAAUAAGUGUUUUUAGUUUUAGCAACAACAACAAAAAAUCCAGCCAUGUCGAUGCGUCCAGAUGAUCACCGUCGAAAGUGGGAUCGAAAAGAGUAUGAGCGCAAGGCUCAAGACCGUCUCAGGGUAAAAGAAGACGAUGAAGAAGAUAAAUCAGACGAUGCACCGGUAUCGCGCGAGCUAUUGAAAAGACGGGACUACAAAGUUGAUUUGGAUAGUAAGCUGGGAAAGAGUGUGGUCAUCAGUAAAACCACGCCGUCAUCACAAUCCGGUGGCUACUAUUGUAAUGUGUGCGAUUGUGUGGUGAAAGAUUCCAUCAACUUUCUCGAUCACAUCAACGGGAAAAAGCAUCAACGUAAUUUGGGAAUGUCAAUGAAGGUUGAGCGUUCUUCUCUAGACCAAGUAAAAGAACGAUUCCAACGAAACAAAAAGAAAAUGGAAGAAAAGCAAAAAGACUAUGAUUUGGAUGUGAAAGUGCGCGAAGCAAAGGAAGAAGAAGACCGAUACAAAGAGUACAAAAAAGAGAAGCGAAAAGAGCGCAAACGAAAAGCUGACGAUGAUUUGGACGAAGAAUCAAGUGGUGUGCCCAGCGAUAUGGCUGCUCUUAUGGGAUUUGCCGGUUUUGGCGGUGCUAAGAAAAACAAUUAACUUGGAUUUAUACUGAUUUUAUGAAAUACGAUGCACUGUUUUUUUUAAAUAUUUUCCGCCAAAUGAAGAGUUGAUGAAACGAUACAAAUUACUUGAUAUCAUUGCACAUGACAUUGAUGUCAAUAUGCUACUGUAGGGAACACGCAAUAUUCAUGGCGUGACAUUUGUCCUGAAAUUGAAUUUUAAUGAUAGUUCACAAAUUUCAAUCUGUACCAGUUUUUUUGCUCCUGCCAAUGUACAGUUUUUUGGGAAUUGUGGAAAUAAAAGUAAAUCAACUGAAA